CCUCCCUCUCCGUGCGCGCGGCUCUCCUCUCCUUCAGACUUGGCUGCCUGUCACUUCGCUGCUUGCUGUGUCGGAGGCUCGGCUUCCCUUCUCUCGGACCCCCGGAACGAGAGCCAGGCGCUGCGGCCACCACCACCACCACCACCACCACCUCCAGCACCACCACUUCCAGCACCACCACCGUCGUCGUCGUCGUCCUAACCAUGGCGACCACCGCUACGUCCACCCGGUUCACCGACGAGUACCAGCUGUACGAGGAGCUCGGGAAGGGAGCUUUUUCAGUGGUGCGCAGAUGUGUCAAGAAGUCGUCGGGACAGGAAUACGCCGCAAAGAUCAUCAACACCAAGAAGUUGUCUGCACGAGACCACCAGAAGCUGGAGCGUGAGGCUCGUAUCUGCCGGCUGCUCAAACACCCCAACAUCGUGCGACUGCACGACAGCAUUUCCGAGGAAGGAUUUCAUUACCUCGUCUUUGACCUGGUGACAGGAGGAGAGCUUUUUGAAGACAUCGUAGCCAGAGAGUACUACAGCGAGGCCGACGCCAGUCAUUGCAUUAGUCAGAUCUUGGAGAGUGUCAAUCAUAUCCACCAGCAUGAUAUUGUGCACAGAGACCUCAAGCCUGAGAACCUGUUGUUGGCCAGCAAGAUGAAGGGAGCUGCAGUGAAGCUGGCAGACUUUGGCCUCGCUAUUGAAGUGCAAGGAGACCAGCAGGCUUGGUUUGGCUUUGCGGGAACACCUGGCUAUCUCUCCCCGGAAGUCCUCCGGAAGGACCCCUACGGCAAGCCUGUGGACAUAUGGGCUUGUGGUGUUAUUCUCUAUAUAUUGUUAGUUGGAUAUCCUCCAUUUUGGGAUGAAGAUCAGCACAAACUCUAUCAGCAGAUCAAAGCCGGGGCCUACGACUUUCCCUCCCCGGAGUGGGACACGGUCACCCCUGAGGCGAAGAACCUGAUCAACCAAAUGUUGACCAUCAACCCGGCCAAGAGAAUCACUGCCGAGCAGGCCCUCAAGCACCCAUGGGUCUGCCACCGCUCCACAGUGGCGUCCAUGAUGCACAGACAGGAAACUGUCGAGUGUCUCCGCAAGUUCAACGCUCGCCGAAAACUCAAGGGAGCCAUCCUCACCACCAUGCUGGUGUCCAGAAACUUCUCAGUGGGCCGGCAGCAUACCAACUCUGCUGCUGCCGCCUCCUCCACUGCCUCACUGGCUCAGGAAGCAUGCAAAAGUUUACUCAACAAGAAAUCCGACUCUGCUAAGCCUUCCACCAACAACAGUAAGAACAGUAUAGUGAGCGCCAUCAAUGCCCUGAAAGACAACAACAUGGCGACCAACCAGAUGGAAUCCCAAAGCACGGUGGUGCAAAAUCCUCCUGACGGCGUCAAGGGAUCCACCGAGAGCAACGCCACCAACGAGGAGGAGGAAAUGAAAGCCGACAGUACAGCGCUGAGUCAGAGCAGCGCCACCGAGGAGAUGCCCCCACUUCUGCCCUCACCUCAAACUUCACCUGCCAUACCACCGCAUGACGCAAAGCGCAUGGCUUGGAAGAGCACGGGCGACAACGGCUCCUGCACCGACUCGGAUCUGUCGCAGGCCUGUGCGCCCGUUGCGGGCCACUCUGUCGCUGCUAAAAACCAGGACAAGCCCACUCGCAAGCAAGAGAUCAUCAAGAUAACGGAGCAGCUGAUCGAAGCCAUCAACAACGGCGACUUCGAGGCCUACACGAGGAUUUGCGAUCCUGGACUCACUUCCUUCGAACCCGAGGCCCUGGGCAACCUGGUGGAGGGUAUGGACUUCCACAAGUUCUACUUUGACAACUUGCUGAGCAAGAACAAAAAGCCGGUGCACACCACCCUGCUAAACCCCCACGUGCACCUGAUCGGCGAGGACGCCGCCUGCGUGGCCUACAUCCGCCUGACGCAGUUUGUGGACGCCACCGGUCGCCCGCGCUCCAGCCAGUCGGAGGAGACCCGGGUGUGGCACCGCCGCGACGGAAAGUGGCUCAACGUUCACUUCCACUGCUCGGGAGCGCCCGCCGCGCCACUACAGUGAUCAGUGGUCCUGAGCCUCCGCCCUGCCGGAGGCCUUUUGGGGGCAGUUUUUUUCGGCAAGUGUGUUUCGGGGGGGCUCGUCCCCCUGCGUGGACGGGCUCGUGCCAGGAGCCCGGCCGGGCCGGAUCGCAUCCCUCUCCACGAUACCAACCAAUCCUGUCUCUCCUUUGACCCGCCGGGGGUUUCGGCCGAGCACAAGACGUCGCCGCCGCCCCCCCCCCACCCACGUGGGGACGAUGCAUGCAUCUUGGCGCCUGCCUGAUUGUGGAGGGCGUGUCUUUGCCCUCCGGCCCUCCCUCCCCCUCCCACCCCACCCCACCCCCCCUCGGCAGCCAUCUCUCUCGCGCCCGCGCGAAGGCGAGACGUCCCGGGGGGGAGGAGCUGAUUUCCAGUUGUGACGGUUUAUGUGUAAAUUACCACUCGAUGUUCCAGACAACAACAACAAAACAACAAAACCCAAGCAAGCAUUUCUAGUCUUCAUCCAAUAAGGGAGGAGCAGGUGAAGUUAGCCGACGCCUUCUUUUUGUUUUCUGGGAGGUUUUCGCAAGAGAAGAGGAGGGGGCGGGGCUGGAAGCUGAUAUGGAAAACAUGAAGCACCAAAGUGUCGAACUUUUAGGCUUUUUAUGUGUUUUUGUUUCGUGUGCUCGUUUCCCCCCCGCCACCGCGCCGCCCCACAGCUGGGUGUAACGUCGACCGGGGGCCGGAUUUAAAGUUGCGUGUUCUCUUGUGUUUUUCACGUCCCGUGACAAACUUUUUCUUCUUUUUUUCCCUCCCGCCCCCCUCGUCUGAUUGAUAUUUAAAGCUACUUUUUAACUGUUUUUAGAAGAAAAAAAAAAGGAAAAUGGGGCGGGGGGGGGGUUAUAUUGUGUAAGCUUUUCCCGCGCACGUCCUGUCUUGUGUGUAUGCAGCAGGGGGCGGCAGAGAGCCCGGGUGGCGUUUGCAUGUCGGCCCCGCCUCCUCCUCCUCCUUUUUGUCGUCUUUUCCCCUCCUUUGUUGCUUUUCUGCAGCGUGUGUGUGUGUGUGUGUGUGUGUGUGUGUGUGUGUGUGUGUGUGUGUGUGUGUGUGUGUGUGUGUGUGUGUGUGUGUGUGUGUGUGUGUGGAUCAGGGGUCACCAACCUGUUUGAAAGUAAGAGCUACUUCUUGGCUACUGAUUAAUGCCAAGGGCUACCAGUUUGAUACACACUUAAAGAAAUUGCCAGAAAUAGCCAAUUUGCUCAAUUUACCUUUAAUAAAGAAAAAAUUAAAAAAUAUAUAUAUAUAUAUAUAAAAAUUUGUAUUUUAUGUCUGUCAUUCCGUCGUACAUUUUUUUUCCUUUUACGGAAGGUUUUUUGUAGAGAAUAAAUGAUGACAAAAACACUUAAUUGAAGGGUUUAAAAGAGAAAACACGGAAAAAAAUGACAAUAAAAUUUUGAAACAUAGUUUAUCUUAAAUUUUGACUCUUUAAAAUUCAAAAUUCAACCGAAAAAAAAUAAAUUAAAAAAAAUAGCUAAUUCGAAUCUUUUUGAAAAAAUUAAAAAAAAAUGUAUGGAACGUCAUUAGUAAUUUUUCCUGAUUAAGAUUAAUUUUAGAAUUUUGAUGACAUGUUUUAAAUAGGUUAAAAUCCAAUCUGCACUUUGUUAAAAUAUAUAACAAAUUGGACCAAGCUAUAUUUCUAACAAAUCAUUAUUUCUUCUAGAUUUUCCAGAACAAAAAUUUUAAAAGAAAUUCAAAAGACUUUGAAAUAAGAUUUAAAUUCGAUUUUACAGAUUUUCUAGAUUUGCCAGAAUAUUUUUGGGGAAUUUUAAUCAUAAAUUUGAAGAAAUAUUUCACAAAUAUUCUUCGUCGAAAAAACAGAAUCUAAAACAAAGAAUUAAAUUAAAAUAUAUUUAUUAUUCUUUACAAUAAAAAAAAAAACUUUGAUAUAAAUUGUCAGGAAAGAAGAGGAAGGAAUUUAAAAGGUAAAAAGGUAUAUGUGUUUAAAAAUCAUAAAAUCAUUUUUAAGGUUGUAUUUUUUUCUCUAAAAUUGUCUUUCUGAAAGUUAUAAGAAGCAAAGUAAAAAAAUAAAUGAAUUUAUUUCAACAAGUGAAGACCAAGUCUUUAAAAUAUUUUAUUGGAUUUUCAAAUUCUAUUUGAGUUUUGUCUCUGUUAGAAUUAAAAAUGUCGAGCCAAGCGAGACCAGCUUGCUAGUAAAUAAAUACAAUUUAAAAAAUAGAGGCAGCUCACUGGUAAGUGCUGCUAUUUGAGCUAUUUUUAGAACAGGCCAGCGGGCGACUCAUCUGGUCCUUACGGGCGACCUGGUGCCCGCGUUGGUGACCCCUGCUGUGGAUGUACCCGUAUGUCCCGCCCACCUCUCCACUGGCCCCGCCCACCUGAAGAGAGAAAGUGUUGUUUUGAAAGGCGCCAUAUCACACGCACGCCUGGUGCUGUGUUGAAAAACAUAUCCCGGCCGCCCCACAACGUUGUGCGAGCCGUGGCCCUCGCCCACCUUUCAGACCGCGUCGCCGUCGCCGCUUUUUUUGGUCUAUUUUUAUUUUUUUUAAGUUUUGCUUUUGCACGGGAGGCAAAAAGCGGACCGGCGUUGAAUUAUGGCGAGCUGGAGUCCGCCCCCUGGUGGUUUUUAAAAGGAAAGGGAGCAUAAAAGCGGGAUUGUUAUUAUGCAUGUUUGAGUUGCGGACCAUGUACCUGCCUGAAUGAAGAGGGGGUGUUGUUGAUAUUAUGAUACUUGCAUCUUUCGAGUCUCCAAUGUUGAGUAGGUGACAUGACAACUUUUUUUUUAUUAUUUAAAAAACAAAAUUUAAAGUGGAAAAAAACCAACAAAAAAAGGAUUCAGGAGCCGUAGCUUGGUAUGAGGCCCUCCAUGUUUUCUCCCUGCGUUGUAAUGGUAUGAUUAUUGGGCUGCGCUUUAUACCACCCACCCCCACUCCCAACACCGCCACCAGCCUUCCUGCGGACGCUGGAGUUUUUUUGCAUGAUGAUCAUGAUGUACAAUGAAAUACAACCAUGACUUGACGACUAUAAAGUGUUUGAGUGGUA